AAAUGCCAGCCUGGCUUUCAUUUGUCCGUUUAAUAUUCCGGCCCCACCUAAAAAGUAAAGUUUACUCCAAAUUCCCAAUUUUGCCCCUCUCUUCAUCUCAAAGCCUUCGUCUUCCUAUUCUUCCUCCAAAUUCCCCUAAUGGCCUUUUUGGUUUUACUCUUCUUCCUUGCCGUCACGCUACGGUUCCCAUCGACGGUGGUAUCCGGCGAGUUGCCGGUUUUCAGAGAAGCACCGGCAUUCCAAAACGGCUGGGAAUGUCAACGGACGAUGAAGCCUUCCGUUAUCCAUAUCGCCAUGACUUUGGACGCUACCUAUCUCCGAGGAUCAGUAGCGGGAGUGUUUUCAGUACUUCAGCACUCAUCCUGCCCGGAGAACAUAGUGUUCCACUUCAUCGUCACGCACCGUCGUUUAGAGCUACGACGCAUCAUCACUACUACAUUUCCUUACCUGAACUUCCAUCUCUACCAUUUUGAUUCAAAUCUUGUAAGAGGGAAGAUCACCUACUCAAUUCGACGAGCUCUAGAUCAGCCAUUGAAUUACGCGAUAAUGUACUUAGCAGAACUAUUACCAGUCGCGGUUAAUCGAAUCAUCUACUUCGAUUCAGAUCUGGUAGUGGUGGACGACGUAGCGAAGCUAUGGAAGAUAAAUUUAGGGAAUCACGUGUUGGGAGCGCCGGAGUAUUGCCAUGCGAAUUUUACGAACUACUUCACGGCGAAAUUUUGGGUGAAUUCAGAAUAUGCGGCGGCGUUUGAAGGGCGGAGAGCGUGUUAUUUCAACACGGGGGUGAUGGUGAUCGAUUUGGGGAAAUGGAGGGAAGGGAAAUACACGGAGAGGCUGGAUAAAUGGAUGAGGAUUCAGAAGAAGAACAGAAUUUAUGAACUGGGAUCGUUGCCUCCAUUUUUGCUUGUUUUUGCAGGGGAUGUUGAAGGAGUUGAGCAUCGAUGGAACCAACAUGGGUUGGGUGGGGAUAAUUUGAAAGGGGUUUGUAGGGAUCUUCAUCCUGGUCCGGCGAGUUUACUCCAUUGGAGUGGAAAGGGGAAGCCAUGGUUGAGAUUAGAUGCUAAGAAGCCUUGUCCACUUGAUAGUUUGUGGGCUCCUUAUGAUCUUUCUCGUCAUUCUUCUCUGUUUUCUGAUAAUUGAAGUUGCCGGAAGGGAAAAGGUCGCUGCCAAUGCCGCCGGUGACGGUGGUUGAUGUAAAAAUGGAUUCGUUUUUGUCAAGAAGCUACAAAUUUUUUUAAUUUUUGAGGUUGAAUGUUCUUUUGUGAUGUAAUUUAGAUUGAAUCAGUUGAUUGUAGUCGACUAAGAAUUAUAAAGUUGAUAUUAUUAUUAUUGAACAUCAAACGUUUAGACAA